UUUUCAGCUACAUUUCAAGAAAGUUUGAAGACCACAGAGCAAAGUUAUCCAGUCGCUUGCACCGAGUGUCCAACCCGCACGUCCAGUUUGCUCUUUUCACUUUUGCCCGCGGUCAUCCCCGCAUCAAUCAUGACUCCUCCGCCAGCCCGCGUCCCCCUAACCACCAUCCUUUUCCUCCUCGCUUUCUUGACAACAACCACUCCAACCCUCGCCUCUCAGGAGUCUCAACACCCCCUAACCACUUCCAAUCCCAGCUCCACCACCAUCUCCAAACCCGACCUGGACUGGCACAACACCCCCGGCCUCCCCUUUAUCAUCAACACCUGGGGCGGGGCCUUCACCUCCGCCACCAAUUCCGCCUUCCUUAAUAUCACCUCCCCACCACCUGCAGACUCCAAUCCCCGUCUAGAUGCCAUCAACGCCAUCGUAGCGGGCUGUGCCACAUGCGAACGUCUCCAGUGCGACGGCACCGUCGGCUAUGGCGGCUCGCCCGACGAAAACUGCGAGACAACGCUAGAUGCGCUGCUCAUGGACGGAGACACGCUGGAUUCGGGCGCGGUGGCCAAUUUGCGGCGGGUACGGGACGCGAUUGCCGUUGCGAAGCGGGUGUUGCUGUAUACAAGACAUUCGCUCCUGACGGGCGAUCAGGCGACGGAGUUUGCGAGGGAGAACGGGUUUGCGGAAGAGGAUUUGGGAACGGAGGAGUCGAGGGCGGUUUGUGAGAACUGGAAGAGGGAAGGGUGUAAAAAGGGGUCGUAUAGGAGGAAUGUGGUUGUGGGUGAAGGGAAGGGUGAAGGGGAGGGAGGAGCGUGUGGGCCUUUUGUGCCGGUUCCGGAAAAGGACUUGGGGGCUGAUGGGGGUCUUGGAGAGUCUAAUAAGCAAUUGGGGGAGAAGAGAGGUGGGCAUGAUACUAUAUCUAUGAUUGCGAUUGGGAAGGAUGGGAGGAUGGCCGCUGGGUCUUCGACAAAUGGUGCAUCGCACAAGAUCCCGGGGAGGGUUGGCGAUGGACCAAUUGUGGGUAGCGGUGCGUAUGUUGAUGGGGAGGUGGGUGGUUGCGGUGCUACGGGAGAUGGGGAUAUAAUGAUGCGCUUUCUGCCUUGCUAUCAAGCUGUCGAAAGCUUGAGAAGGGGCAUGACCCCGACAGAGGCGGCUGAAGAUGCGGUAAGAAGGAUGGUGAGGAAAUAUCCCACUGUGCAAAGUGGGAUUGUAGUGGUGGAUAAGGAGGGCAAUCACGGGGCUGCGGCGUCUGGUUGGACGUUUACGUAUGCCUACCGAGGAGGGCAAAUGAGCGAAGCGGUGGUUGUCACGGUGCCGCCGGUGGAAGGUGUUAUCUCGGUUUCCGCUGAUUUGUGACCGAACAGAUGUGUAGUGAAAUCCCAGAGCCAACUCAACCAAGGAAAGAAAAC